AUGUUGAAAUUGUCUGUCUUUGGUGAUAUCAUAUCAACCGUGGACGCCUGCAAUUUUAAGGCGCUUUUUAUAUCUGUUCGGAAUUCACGUAUUCCUGCCAUACACUUCUUGAUGAAAACUUACAUCACUUGCUUUAUCGAAAUGCCCCAAUCAGUCUAUCUAUCUAUCUAUCUAUCUAUCUAUCUAUCUAUCUAUCUAUCUAUCUAUCUAAUUCAGUCUUCUCAAUGUCUGUCAAUAUAUCUGACUCUGCUCAAUAUAUGUCAAUCAAGCUAUCUAACUCUGCUCAAAAUCUAUCUAUCUAUCUAUCUAUCUAUCUAUCUAUCUAUCUAUCACUGCUGUUUUUAUCUAUCUAUUACGACUUGCUAUCUACCCAUCUAUCUCUUACAAUUUUUCCUGUUACACAUUUUCCUAUCUGUCCGCUCACUAGCUAUUUAUCUAUCUGUUAUAGUUUUUUCCAUAUCUAUCUAUCUAUCUAUCUAUCUAUCUAUCUAUCUAUCUAUCUAUCUAAUUCAGUCUUCUCUAUGUCUGUCAAUAUAUCUGACUCUGCUCAAUAUAUGUCAAUCAAGCUAUCUAACUCUGCUCAAAAUCUAUCUAUCUAUCUAUCUAUCUAUCUAUCUAUCUAUCUAUCUAUCUAUCACUGCUGUUUUUAUCUAUCUAUUACGACUUGCAAUCUACCCAUCUAUCUCUUACAAUUUUUCCUGUUACACAUUUUCCUAUCUGUCUAGCUAUUUAUCUAUCUGUUAUAGUUUUUUCCAUAUCUAUCUAUCUAUCUAUCUCUAUCUAUCUAUCUAUUAUUAUCUAAUUCAGUCUUCUCAAUGUCUGUCAAUAUAUCUGACUCUGCUCAAUAUAUGUCAAUCAAGCUCUGCUCAAAAUCUAUCUAUCUAUCUAUCUAUCUAUCUAUCUAUCUAUCUAUCUAUCUAUCUAUCUGCUGUUUUUAUCUAUCUAUUACGACUUCUAUCUACCCAUCUAUCUAUUUUCCUGUUAUAUUUUUUUCCGCUCCUAGCUAUUUAUCUAUCUGUUAUAGUUUUUCCAUAUCUAUCUAUCUAUCUAUCUAUCUAUCUAUCUAUCUAUCUAUCUAUCUAUCUAAUUCAGUCUUCUCAAUCUAACUCUGCUCAAAAUCUAUCUAUCUAUCUAUCUAUCUAUCUAUCUAUCUAUCUAUCUAUCUAUCUCACAUCCUAUAAGCGGCAUGAUUGCCAAGUAAGAAGCAGCAGACGCCAGUUUACAUACUCUCGCACCACCGUUAGGCGUCACCACAUGACACUUCAGCGAUUGCAAAGUUCCUCGCUUAUUACCCAAGGGACAUUGAUUAUGGACACGAGUCUUCGUUUCCAUUGGCUGUCAGCAAUGGUCAUUUCCGUCUGUCACAAGGAGCACGCCACCCUCAACGACCGCCAACUUCCUCCACAAUACCAUAUCUAUAGUAGUUGUAGACAGUAUCUGUCCCCAUACAAUCUAUCCCCGUCUUUGUUCCCUCAUUCCUCUCAACAAGAUGUUUUCAAAUCUCUCUCUCUCUCUCUCUCUCUCUCUCUCUCUCUCUCUCUCUCUGAAUGCCUUGAAACCGUGAAACUGUAUUCUUUCUAUCUAUCUAUCUAUCUAUCUAUCUAUCUAUCUAUCUAUCUUAUAGUUAUUUCUUUGCGGUCACAUUUCAUGUUACUGCAAAUAAACUACCAAAAAUCACCAACAGAUUCGAACGGAAUAAGUUCAACCGACUUUCCGAUGUAA